AUGAGCAAGCUCUCUUUUCGGGCUCGAGCGCUGGACGCUGCGAAGCCAAUGCCGAUUUAUAUGACAGAGGAGCUUCCGGACUUACCGGAUUACUCUGCUAUAAAUCGUGCAGUUCCUCAAAUGCCAAGUGGGAUGGAAAAAGAAGAAGAAUGUGAGCAUCAUUUACAAAGAGCCAUAUGCACAGGAUUAAUCAUUCCUACUCCAGAAGUUUCGAGCAUAGAAGACACUGAAGCUUAUGACAGACUAUACACUACAACAUAUAAAAUGCCAAGGCAAUUGAUUCAUAUGCAGCCCUUUGCAAUGGAACAGGAUAUUCCUGAUUAUGAUAUGGAUUCUGAAGAUGAACGAUUUGUCAAUGCCCAAGCAAAAAAAAUGGACUUGACACCUCUUAAGUUUGAAGAAAUGAUGGACAGAUUAGAAAAAGGUAGUGGUCAAACGGUUGUCACUUUGCAAGGAGCUAAAAGUUUAUUAAAAGAGGAUGAUGAUCUGAUUAUUGCUGUUUAUGACUAUUGGCUCAAUAAAAGGCUCAAAACUGCUGUACCACUCAUACCAGUAGUAAAAACAGAGCACAGAAUUGGAUCAGCCCCAAACAAUCCGUAUUUAGCUUUUAGAAGGAGGACAGAAAAAAUGCAGACUAGGAAAAAUAGGAAAAAUGAUGAAACAUCAUAUGAAAAAAUGUUGAAAUUGAGAAGAGAUCUGUCACGAACGGUCACUUUGUUAGAAUUAGUUAAAAGGAGGGAAAAAACGAAACGCGAAUUGCUUCAUUUAACAAUUGAAGUUUUUGAAAAAAGAUAUCAGGCUCAAGAUUUUAAUGGGCAACUUUUGGCGGAAAUUUCAGCCAUUAAAACUCCUCGGCCUGCCUUUGCCCCUAUCUUUUCCAAUCAGUUUGGUCUUAAUCAGCAGCAUUGGCUCAGUAAAGUACCUAUAAAGGAAAUUUUAGUUCCUCGGAAAGAAAAGAGGCAAUAUAAAAGGCGGAAACAUAAAGAAAAUAUCGGAAGCGUUUUAAGCAGGGGAAAUUACUUAAUGUCUUCUGUACAAGUUUCCCAAGAUGCGAUAGUAUCUUCGGAAGAAGAAUUAGAAGCAACGCGUUCCGAAUUUUCGGAUCUCUCACAGUGUGAUUCUGAAGGAAUGUUUUCAUUUAGGAGAAAGUUAGGGUGUAGUUAUUUACCUCCUACAUCAAGUUUUAGUAAUUGGCCUUGGUGUGGAGAAAAAAUUAGUGAAGCCGAUAAAAAAUAUCGAUUCUAUCCUACUAGUAUUGCAACGCCUAGGGUAAGACAUAUUGGUUUGGCAAGGAAAAGAUUAGGUAGAGGCGGCAGAGUAAUAUUGGAUCGAACAUCAGGAUUUUCUGAUGAAUUUUGGUCUUCUGUAGAUUUCAAUGUGUACGAUAACAAAACAAAUUUACCAUUGUAUCAACCUAAAACACCUCCGGAAACGAGUGAAACCCAUCAAUGGACUAAUUCUGAUAGUGAUAAUGCUAUUGAAUCUUUACCGAAUACGCUUAUAAUUGAUGUUGAAAACAUAGGAGGCUGUGAAAUAUAUAAUUGUUUUCAUGCCUCAGAUGACGAACAAAUAAUUGAUAAUACCAUAAAUAAAAAUUACAGUACGGGAGGUAAAAGAGGUAGCGCGGAUGAGACGUUAAUUGUAUCUUCAAAUAAAUGUGAAGAAUUGAGUUCGGAACCGGAGAGUGAUUCCUUAGUGAUGUGUAAUUCAAUAAGUGAGAGUGAAAUAAUCGGUCGGACUAGGACGACAAAUAAUUUUGACGGUCAUGUCGCAAAAGUUAAAGGCUGUGUUAAUAGUCGUUUUAGUCGCGGUUCAAGGAAUUGUCAAAUUCUAUCGGAUAGAUCCAACUCGUUUCUUGAACGGAAAAGAAUUUUUAAUGAAAAGAAAAAAAACGAAAAUUUUAAUAUAAAUUCCGUGUCCGAUUUGAAUCGUCCUGGUAUGAACGUUUUUAGAAGAAAUUAUAGAAUAGGGGGUUUUAAAAAUGUAUCAAAUUUGCGCAAGCCAAAAGAAAAUAAUCAAAACGAAAGCAAAAAUGAGAGGAUAGUUUUCACAACGAGCGAAAUAUCUCUCCCUGAACUAUUUGCCGAUUCCUCAGUUAAUUUGAUACCGGAAACGGAACUCGAGACCAAUGACGAUUCGUUUGCAAUAUUGGACAAAUUGGGAUUAGAUGAUGAUUUCAUAAAAAAAGAGCCGGAGAUUAGUUUAGACGUGGAGGUCGCGGUGGAUAAAGGAGAUGAUUCGCUUAAAGGUGAUACGGGUCAAAAUUAUUCAGAUAGCCAAUCAAAUACGUUUCAAAGACAGAGAUUAAAAAUAGAUAAAAACAUUUUUGAAUUUUCCGAAACUGAUUUUUUGAAAUACGAAACCGAUUGCGAUGUUGACGAUUUGCUACCGGAUCUUAUGCAAAACGACGUGGUCGGGUGUUGUGGGCUUUUCGGCCUUACACCGAAUUCAAGAUUUAAUCUCGUGUCCCCAUCGUAUUUGCCAUUGGAAAACGACAAAACGGACGGGGAUCAAUUAGAAGAAAUGAUCGACGGGGAAGAUGAUAAAUUAAAUGUUGAAGAAUCUGAGAAGAAGGCCGCUGCCGCCGCCGCCGCCGCUGCCGCCACCACAUCACCAACUUCUAAUUACGGACAAAUAUCAGAUAUAAGCAAUGAUAUUGAAAAUCACGAAGUCACGUUGCAGUUGAAAAUGAACGGAAACGUAGAGAAAAACUCGACGGAAAACAUGUUGACUAGUCGUUUAAAUGUUAAAAAUGAUUUUCCUGACGGGUAUCAAUUGGGAAACGGAGAACACGCAAAAACUCCCCAGCAAUCGCAUUCGCAAGCGAUCAAUUACAUAUUUGCAUUAAAUCACCAUAAUUACACGAUUUCUGGCCCACCCGGUACCAACUCGAAAGAAUCACCUCCGGAAAAUAGUCAGACACCACCCGAGAGUCAGAUUGAUAUCGAACUACAAGAAAGCACAAAUAAUUCAACCGUUAAUUCCGGUACAAUUCAAACAAAUAUAGGUGGUGCGUGGAAACCUACCUUGUACAGAGCAGGACCCGGUAUACUGAGAACAUACAAAGGCAAUAAUGCGAGAAACCUUCAGUUAACUUCAGAUGGAAAUCUUGUACUUCAAGAAACGGGGAAAAAAAAUGUAUUAAACGGUCCAGGAAGUAUUGGAUUUAAUCAAAGGAGAAUAAUACGAACGGCUGUUUCGGGUCAGACACAAAGUACAUCAAUCAGUGCUCAAAAUCCGACGGUGACACAAUUGGUGUCAAGUCCUAGCGUGUUCACGUUGGAGGGAAUGUCGUCUUCUGGUCAAAAUUACGUGACGGGAAAUCAAACAACUUUGGUAGUUAAUCAAAGCUUUUUAUCGCCUUCUUCGCAAUCCUCCAAUUACCUCGGUAGUAAUAAUAAUCAGAGCUUAAAUUACGUAUCGGCAAAUUCGAAUGCGGUCGGUGGAAAUCAAAUAAAGCAAGUUAAUUUGCCUCAGCGAAAAGUUUCAUUACUCAUGAGUUCUCCCUCGGGAUUGGCUACCAGUGAACCCACCAUCGGUGUCGAUUUGGAAAACGACAGUUUGGAAACGAUAGAUAUAAAAACAACGGAAGUGGAAACGGACGAAGUCAAAUCAAGCGGCCAAGAAAUAACCGUCGAUAAUAGUAAUCAGAUGAGUGUUAGAAAAAGUAAUUCGCUCCCGAUGGAAGUAACUUGA